GUUCUCUCUCCCCUUCCACUCCAUCUGCCUGACUGUGUUGGAUGAUAUACUGAAGAACCUUCAGGGAAUAUCAAAUCAUUAACCUGGAGGACAAGUAUAUCACCUUUGUCUGCAUUUGUUCAAUAGGACCUGUUAGAAAUUGGCACACUGCUUUGAAGAUUCUUUAUUAAAGUCUCAAAAAGAGCUUUACCUUGAAAACGGUGUUCUUUGGACUGUUGAACAUUUGAAUAGACCAAAAUGGAGCUACAGAAAAUGUCAAACGGUCACCAUGAUCUCAGCCCUGAAAAAAUCACCCUGGAGAGCGAAUUUGAUGGUCUUGAAAACAUGAUGGCACUGGGUGAUACAUUCCUUACCAAUAAGAGCAAUGGAAAGAUAGAGACUCAGUUUACAGAUUUUGAUGGAAAGACUUCAUUCGGAAUGUCUAUUUUCAACCUCAGUAAUGCCAUUAUGGGCAGUGGAAUUCUGGGAUUGGCUUAUGCCAUGGCCAACACUGGAAUCGUUCUUUUUAUAAUCCUUUUAAUAUCAAUUGCUCUGCUGUCUGCUUACUCCAUUCACAUUCUUCUGAAGACUGCUGGAGUUGUUGGGAUCCGUGCAUAUGAACAGCUAGGGGCCCGUGCAUUAGGUCCACCUGGGAAAGUCUUAGCAGCGUGUAUAAUAACAUUGCAUAACGUUGGAGCAAUGUCAAGUUACCUCUUCAUUGUGAAGAUAGAGUUACCUUAUAUUAUUCAGGGUCUUAUGGGGAUACCAGACAACAACCAGUGGUAUGUUGACGGGAGGUAUCUCAUCAUCUUUGUUAGUGUCUUUGUCAUUCUUCCAUUGGCAUUCAUGAAACGGCUUGGGUAUCUGGGAUACACCAGUGGCUUCUCCCUUAGCUGCAUGGUCUUCUUCCUCAUAUCUGUGAUCUACAAGAAGUUUGUGUCAGAGUGUUCUGAAGAACACUGCAAUAACGACAUCAUGCUCAACCAAACCAUAAACAACUCCACCUCUAACAUAGCUAAACUUGUCACUUUCAACCCACAGACGGCUUUUACCAUUCCCAUUAUUGCGUUUGCGUUUGUAUGUCACCCUGAAGUGCUGCCCAUCUAUACAGAACUCAAAAAGCCAACCAAGCAACGCAUGCAAAAUGUCGCUAAUAUCUCUAUAAUGGCCAUGUUUGUCAUGUACCUGCUGACUGCCAUCUUUGGCUACCUUACCUUCUAUGAAAGUACGGAUUCGGAGCUUCUGAAGAUGUACAGCAAAUCAGACACACUGAUGCUCUGUGUUCGGUUGGCUGUGCUGGUGGCAGUGACACUGACCGUCCCUGUCGUGCUUUUUCCGAUCCGUCGUGCUGUCCUGCAGCUUUUGUUCCCUGAUAAGCCCUUCCACUGGGUACGUCACAUUUCCAUUGCUGUGUUUCUCCUGUUUGUCGUCAACCUGCUUGUCAUCUUCGUGCCCAACAUUCGUGACAUCUUCGGCUUUAUCGGUGCUACAUCUGCUCCCAGCCUUAUUUUCAUUCUGCCAGGAAUAUUUUACAUCCGCAUCGUCCCUGAGGAACAGGAGCCGUUGAAAUCACGACCAAAGAUCCAGGUGAUUACAUUUGUGAUAGUGGGUUUCAUCUUCAUGAUCAUGAGCACUACGUUCAUCAUAGUGGAGUGGGUUACAGGAAGGAAGACCAUGGGUGGCCACUGACAGAGCAACAGAAGUCAAGUCCCUGAAGACCAGAUUCUCACAGAACACACACCGUAAAAGCUGUAACCUCUGAACCAGUACAGCAACUGCAACCCUCUAAAAAUAUCUGUCAGAACUGUGGAGCAGUGGUUGUGCCCAAGGUGGUGGGCCCUAAGAGCUGUAUGUCUAAAUAACAUUUUGACAUGAUGGCUAUAAAAUCAGAUAACUCAAAAUUUCAAAGAAUCCAGAAUAAGAUGGUCUUCAAGGAAAGUAGUUACCAUGCUUAAUAAUCCAAAGCAGCACAAUACACACACACUCUUUUGACAUGUUAGCAGGGCUGGACUGGUAAUCUGGCAUACCGGACAAUUUCCCGGUGGGCCGACACACUUUGGGGCUGAUCGGGGGCAGACUGUCCAUCGGGAGUACUGAGCUGGUUGGUUGAGCAUGAUGUCGUUAUUGCAGUGUUCUUCAGUCCUUGAUAAGCUCAAAUGAGCCGGCACGUUGUGCAGAACGGACCACAAAACGCGCCCCCAACUGCUCAACAACUUUAGGAUCACCAUCAACCAAACCCCCCAUCGACAAGUUUUGAGUCAGUUACCAUGUAAAAUCUCAGGCCGAUUUCUCUUCCCAGUCUAGCCCUGCACGUUAGUGCCAUAAUGUUCUUGCAUGUGAUGUAGGACAGUGCCCCGUCUCUCUACCCAAUCAUUUGAUGUUGCAAUUUUAUUUAUUUUUUUAUACAUACAUUUUUUUCACCAUUUCUGCAGCAAUAAGGAGCCCAUACAUACAGUACUGUGCAAAAGGUUUAGGCAUUUGUGAAAAAUGUGGCAUAGUGAUGAUGUCUUCAAAAAUAAUGCCAUAAAUAGUUUUCAUUUAUCAAUUAACAUCAUACUAAUGUCAGUAAACAUAAAAAAAACUAUUCUGAGUCAAUAUUUGGUGUGACCACCUUUGCCUUCCAAAUAGCACCGAUUCUACCAACACCUGGACAGUUUUUCUAGGUUGUUGGCAGAUGGGAUGUUCCAAGCUUCUUGGAGCACUUGCCACAGUCUGUUUAGGCUGCCUCAGUUGCUUCUGUCUCUUCAUGUAAUCCCAGAAUGACUCAAUGAUGUUGAGAUUCAUCUGUUGUAGGGCUCCUUGUUCUUCUAUUCAAUUCUAUUUGCAAAGGCAAUGUUGAAAUCUAAAAUUGACAGUUCCAACUGAUACACUAAAAGCAGAAUAUAAAAAAUAGUCAUUUUAACGGGGCCCUGGGUUGCUCAGUAAUUAAAGAUGCCGACUACCACACCUGGAGUCGCAAGUUUGAAUCCAGGGCGUGCUGAGUGACCCCAGUCAGGCUUCCUAAGCAACCGAUUGGCCCAGUUGCUAGGGUGGGUAGAGUCACGUUGGGUUAACCUCCUCGUGGUGGCUAUAUUGUUGUUUUCGCAAUCGUUGGGGCUCGUGGUGAGUUGUGCGUGGAUGCCGCAGGGGAUAGCAUGAAGCCUCCACACGCGCUAGGUCUCUGGGGUAACGCGCUCAACAUGUGAUAAGAUGCGCAGAUUGACGUCUCUGAUGCAGCUGAGAUUCGUCCUCCGCCGAGUCACUAUGCCACCAUAAGGAACUAUAGUGCAUGGGAAUCGGGCAUGCCAAAAUUGGGGGAAAAAAUAUAAAAAAUAACCAUUUUAAGACAAAUCAUUUGUGAAAAAUAUAAUGCGAAGACUAUUGCACAGUACUCUAUAUAUAAAUAUAUACUAUUUAAAGCUGGUUUAACUACACAGUUAUUGGUGUUUAACAACACAUAACUCCUCUGAAAAUGUGAUCAAAUAUUAUGCAAAUAUUGUCCCUUUUUUCUACCUCUGAGGAGUUUAACAGUGACCGUUAGAGUUGUUUUGUAUUGUUUAAUUUGAUCACAGUGCAUGUGAGUUUUUGGGAACUGUGUUCUGUUGAUCCUCAUAUAUAUUAUAUUAUUUAAAUAGGAAAAUUUACAGUUUUAUUAUGAAUUUAUGCAUUGUCCUUAAGGACAUAAUCUGAAGUAAUAUUUUGUUUUGUUACACCCAUUAAAUAAAUUAAAUGUACAGAAUGAGGGAGACAUACACAAGCAUUUCUGUUGCUGUACAUGUUUUCAUCACUCAAAAUAUACAGUACAUUUACUCCGUUUUAGAGAGAAGGCAGAAUGCAUUGUCUGAAUACUAAUCCUGUAAUAAUCAAAGACAAACUAAACAUGUUUUUUUUUUUCAUGUUGUGUGUUAUUUUGUAUGUUGGAAAUGUCUUUUGAAUACCAUCAAAAUGUAGAAUAAUUGUAAUGCAUUUAAAAAUUAGUGGCUUGCUGGUUUGUUUCUAGUCUGGUAGUUAUUUUGUCUUUUAGUGUUAUUAAAAUUCCACUCCUGAAAUAGACCAGAUGGCAACAAAUGCUGGGUAACACUUCAUGUAAAGGUCACCACAAAAUGAUGUGGCAUAGGUGCAAAUAUCCAUACACUUCCAUAAAGGUUUAUGUGUUCAUACGUUAUGAACAUAUCCAUCUGUCCUCAUCAGUAUCUGUGAGUUUACAUACCAGGAAUACAAGUGGCCCCUGUUUGACCGGAAAAUAACAAUUUCAUUGAAAAAUAAGGGUUGUGCUUGUUUUUGUAUAGUCUUUUCAUGUACAUAUUGUGAAAUGGUAAACAAACGUUCUAUGAAUUAUUAUGCAACAUUUACAUCUGCUUGUCGUUAUAUGUACAUAUUUAAAUUGUAUUUCGCUCUAAUUGGACCUAAAUGUUGAAGAAAUAUGAAAUAUGUAAUUCUCAAUGGAGCAAUAAUUUGUGCAAACUUAUAAAGUGUUUCAAAUCAUUUCACAUGUUUAUUUUUUCAAAGUGCCUAAAUUUGAAAGAGAUUCUUGCAUUUGACUUGGAUUUAUGUUCAGAAACCUUUUAUAGUCGAAUACAUUGCUCUCUGACUUUUAACUAAUAAAGCUGAA